CCUUGCUGUGAUAAGGGAAAUUCUCGCCUUGCGAAAGAACGAAGAACAAGGUAAUCUUUCGGUGGAACGUCCAUCUCCCGGAAGAGAGCUCCACCGCCCUCACGCAAUGCCCGUUCUGGGCAAUUCCUGCGAUCAUGAGUGUCCACGAGAAAACGUUCUUGUUCUUGAUUUGCCACGUAGCGGUUCCGCUCCUCGUGACUCUCGAGCAACAGUACCAGAUUUUCUUCCCCGACCCCGAUCGAUCGAUCGAUAGAUCUAGCGAGCUCAUCGGAGGUACGCGUUGCGAUCGCCGCGACUUGGCCCACGGGCGGCUUGCGUUGCAGCUAACGACCGAUUGUUGGAACAUCUUGGAAGAUUAACUUCUUGUUCGGCCCUACCUAGCUAUCGAUCUUUUCUUCUGGGUCUUCUUUGCUUUCUUCUUGGAAGCUAAAGGAUAGGAAUGAAACAAACACUUGAUGGGCGAGGUGGAGUACUAUGCGUCGCGGCUGCGAGAGAUCCAGGAGCUCGACCACGGCAAAGCGAUUCAUGCACAGAUCUCGGCCAGGUACCGCAAGGUCUCUACAUUUCUGGAAAAUCUUCUUGUGAAAAUGUAUGGCCAAUGCGGCAGCAUCGAAGACGCGAAGGCUGUCUUUGAUGGAAUUCGACCCAAGAAUGUGUACUCCUGGAAUAUCAUGAUUGCGGCAUAUGCCGUGAACGGGCAUUUGAUUGAGGCAAUUGGUUUGUUCCAGGAGAUGGCGGUCAAGCCGAGCAGGGUCACGUUUCUUAGCGUUCUAGCGGCUUGUGCGCAAUUGCGGUGCCUAGAGAUUGGCCAGGAGAUUCACGCGAGAGCUCUUUGCAGCGGGUUUGGAUCUGACACCACAGUUGCGAACUCGCUCAUCAAUCUCUACAGCAAGUGCCAGAGAUUGGAGAGCGCGAGGUACGUUUUCUCCGUCAUGCCUGACAGGAAUGUGAUCUCCUGGACGUCGAUGAUUGAUGCGUGCGUGCAGUGUGGCGACCACCGUGAGGCUCGUGCUCUGUUCCUACGUAUGGAUCUCGAAGGAGUGAAGCCCAACGAGAUGACUUUUUCCAACCUCUUGAGCGCGUGCUCGUUGCUCGUCCAAGGUCGGUCGAUCCAUGCUCGUCUCGUUGCUUGUGGAUACGCAACUGAUGUUGGUGUUUGUAAUUCUCUUGUGAGCAUGUAUAGCAGGUGUGGGAGCCUUGAAGAAGCGACUAAUGUUUUCGAAAACAUGCCGGCAAGAGAUCGUGUUUCUUGGACUGCAGUGAUCACUGCAUAUGCCCGGGUUGGGCAUCGUCACCACUCAAAGUCAGCGCUUGAAUGCUUUCGAAAAAUGGUCGAGCAGGGAGUGGCACCCGAUGAGAUCACGUACAUCAGCGUCCUGGGCGCAUGCUCCUGCGCGGGAUGUCUCGCAACUGGCCGGAUGAUUCACGAAGACAUCAUCUCCCAAGGGUUGGACGCACUUCUUCCCGUGAGAAACUCUCUGGUGAGCAUGUAUGGCAAAUGCGGGAGGCUGGACGAGGCCAGGGACGUGUUUAAUUUCACAAAGGGGAAGAGUAUCGUGUCCUGGACUGCUAUGAUUUCUGCAUAUGCCCAACACGGGCAUAGCGAAGAGGCACAGUCGGUUUUUCAGAGAAUGGAACUGGAGGGAAUCCAACCAAGUGAAGUCAGCUUCACCAGCAUUCUCUACGCUUGCAGCCACGCAGGGUCGCUUUCUCAGGGGCAUCGAUUUUUUCUGGCUAUGGUGGGUGACGAACGGGAUAUCUCACCGCUUGUUGAGCACUACCACUGUUUGAUCGAUCUUCUCAGUCGCUCGGGACAGCUCGAAGCAGCCGAAGAACUCAUACGAACUAUGCCUUUCGAGGCCGAUAUUGUUCCGUGGAUAGCUCUGCUCGGCACGUGCAAAGCUAUCCUCAGAUUGGAAGUGGGAAUGCGAGUAGUGGAAGAGAUUCUUCUCAAACUUACGGGGUCCAAGUCCCCGGGGCCUUACAUCUUGGUCUCCAACUUUUGUGCUGCCGCCGGGAGAUGGGAUUAUGUUGUGAAAGUUAGAAAGCUCAUGAGCGAGACAGGGGUUACACAGAGACCGGGUUGCAGCUUUGUCGAAGUUGGGAACGAGAUCCACGAGUUUGUAGCUGGCGACUCCUCUCACGAAUGCUACCAUGAGAUCCACGAGGAGCUCAAAAGUUUGCACUCACGGAUGAAACAAGCAGGCUAUGUACCAGAUACAAGCCAGGUGCUAUGGGGUGGAAAUCAAGAGGAAAAGGAAAAGAGUCUGUGCUUUCACAGUGAGCGGCUAGCGAUAUCUUUUGCUCUUGUCGCUAGUCCUCCAGGAACUCCGGUGUGGGUGACCAAGAACUUAAGAGUUUGCACGGACUGUCACACUGCUACAAAGUUCAUAGCUAAACUUGCUAGAAGAGAGAUUGUGGUUCGGGAUUCCAGCAGGUUCCAUCGCUUUAGUAGUGACAAUGGAGGCUGCUCAUGCGGAGACUACUGGUGAUCAAUUAGUGACUGGGAGACAAAACCAAAAGAAAAAGAGAAAAGUUUUUCAUUGAUGCGUGAAGAUUAUGAUCUGUGGAAAGGAUUAGGACAUGCCGUGGCAGUGGAGACUUGGAGAAAUAGUUCACGAACUAAAACUAAAACAAUGGCAAUGUUCAUAUCACAGCACCAUGGAGGUGAAGGGAGAAAAAAAGAAGAAGAAAGACGAGCUCUGUUCUUGUCGACAAGACUCCAACAAGGAACUAAAUCCCAGGAAGCAGUAGUUAUGCAACUGAGUUGGAUAUAUGUCUUCAUGCUUGGGACAACUUCUAUUGUACUUGCGGCUAUGGUUUAAACAAGAUAAUUACUA